AAUUUGCCCAUUUAAAAAGAAAUGGUCAUGACAACUCUAGGCAAACAUUUGUGAGCAGCCUCUCAAAAUCCUAUGAUGUUCUUCUUCCCUGGUAAACUUUCAGGAUUCAAGGUCAAAAAUUCUCAAGUUCAACGCUGAAUUAAGCAUAUUCAAAGGUGCAGUGAUGGAGAGCACCGACUCAUCGACAGGCUCGCAGCAGCCAAACCUCCCGCCAGGGUUCAGGUUCCACCCCACGGAUGAGGAACUAGUGGUACACUACCUCAAGAAAAAGGCUUCCUCGGCUCCUCUGCCGGUUGCAAUUAUUGCAGAAGUUGACUUGUACAAGUUUGAUCCAUGGGAAUUACCAGCUAAGGCCACGUUUGGUGAGCAAGAAUGGUACUUCUUUAGUCCUAGGGACAGGAAGUACCCCAACGGCGCCAGGCCUAACCGGGCGGCUACUUCGGGUUACUGGAAGGCUACCGGAACCGAUAAGCCGGUUUUGACCUCGGGAGGGACUCAGAAGGUUGGUGUGAAGAAGGCACUGGUUUUCUAUGGAGGGAAGCCCCCUAAAGGGAUCAAAACCAAUUGGAUCAUGCAUGAAUAUAGGCUUGCAGAUAAUAAGGCUAACAACAAACCCCCUGGAUGUGACUUGGGCAACAAGAAAAACUCACUAAGGCUUGAUGAUUGGGUGCUGUGUCGAAUCUACAAGAAAAACAACACGCAUAGACCUAUGGAUCAUGAUAAAGAUGACUCCAUGGAUGAAAUGCUCGGGCCAAUACAACCUUCAAUAUCAAUCGGUAGCCAACAUAAUGCAAAAUUUCAACUUACAACAAAGGGAACAAGUUUUGGCACAUUGCUAGAAAACCAGGAGCACAGCCUGUUUGAAGGUAUGAUGGCGGGGAGUGAUGGGAUUAACAGUGGUUCUAUAUCUCAGUUGGGGUGUUCAAGCUCAAAGCCUGACCUGUCUAUGGUUAAUCCUCUCAAAAGGACUGUCCCAUCGCUUUUCUGGACCGAUGAGGACACGGCUGGCCCUUCAACAAGCAAGAGGUUUCAUGGGGAUAGCAAUGAUGGAAGCAUGGAGAAAACAGAUGGGAAUGGUUCCAUUGCAACUCUGCUUAGCCAACUGCCACAAACCCCUCCAUUGCAGCAACAGACAUUGCUGGGGUCAAUGGGAGAUGGGAUUUUUCGGCCUCCAUAUCAACUUCCAGGGCUUAACUGGUACUCUUAAUUCAAUUCCAGGUAGUGGGUAUUCCAUAGAUAUACCAUCUAUACUUCUUUUUAAAAAAAAAAAAUCAAAAUUUUCAAGUAGCUUGGAAGCUGUCAGUGCCAUGUUACAUACUUGUUGAUACAGUCGCCAAUAUAGUCAUGAAGCUUUGGAUUGGGAUUAAGAUUGAGAUUUUGGUUGUUAAAGAAAAGAGAUUAGAAAGACUUCAGUCCUAGAUGAACCGGCCACGACGUUUCUUUGAGUGUAACAGGUAGCUGCCAAAUUUCAUCUCUUGAGGCCAUAGAUAUAGGUAAAUUUUAUAUAAUAUAUACUUAUAUAUAUUAUAUACAUAUAGUUUGCUAUUUAUGUAGAGAGAUGCAAAGAAGAAAAAAGAAAAAGGGGGAAAUUAAUGAGGGGAGGUUGCAACUUGAUGUAGAAAGAAAAAAAAAGAAGAACAAUAAAACUGAUGGAUGCUAAAAUAUUUUGCUGUAGGACACAACAUUGAAAUCUUGUAUAGAAAUCCUUGUUGUUGUAGAACUUUUUAUUGUUGAUGAUGCACAUUUUAAGAAUAUAUUGGUUAUGGUUUGUCUA